AUGCCCGGUAUAAAAAAGGCAAUAAUCCUCGGCGCAGGCCCAACGGGCCUCGCAACGGCCCUCCUGCUAGCCAACCGCAGCAACAUCUCCGUAUCAAUCUACGAGGUCCGCCCUGCACCAGCCACAAUCGGCGGCGCAAUCGGCAUCCCGAGUAACGGGACGCGCCUGCUCAGUCGGCUCAGCGAUGAUGGGAGGAUCUACGCCGCCCUAGCAGAGAAGGCACCCAUUGUCCCGAAACUCGUGUUGCAUUCUGCGAGUAAGGGGUCCGUUCUUGGCGAAGCGGAUUGGACAAUGUAUACCGAGCGCGAGACCGGGUUCGGGUAUAUGCGUGUCAAACGGACGGAUCUUAUGGAUGUUUUGCUCGAUGCUGUCCGUGAGAGGGAUAUCGAUGUCCAUUUCGGGAAGAAGGUCGUAUCGAUCCACGACGAUGAAGAGGGGACUCCCGAGGGCAAAAUCACUGUCCGCUUCGACGACGGGACAGAAGAUACCGCGGACAUACUCAUUGGCGCCGACGGGAUCCAUUCCGCCGUGCGGAAUCUGUAUGUGGAUCCUGGGGUGAGGGAGGAGUACACGGGGAUCGCGGCGACGUUUUCGAGUGUAAAGACAGAGUCUCUACCGCCGGAUCUAUGUCCAAAGAAUCUCGCUAUGCACAGCGUCCUCACCACACAGGGCCUUUUCGCGGUGAUACCCUGCACACCCUCCGGCAACGAACUCUUCUGGUUCUUCUCGCGCGAGAUGCCGCUUCCUGCCAAUGCCAUAGCCACCGCAACAUCCUCCGCCACAUCCGAGUCCGAGCCCGAAUCGCAACCCGGGUCUGACUCCCGCGACGGCUGGGAAAUGCGCCGCCGCAACGAAGUCUCCUCGUUCAAAACCAUCCUCCUCGACACCGUCUCCGAAGUCCAGGGCCACUGGGGCGCCACCAUCCGCGCCAUAAUCAACGCGACAGACUCAAUCCAAUUCUACCCCGUGCACCGCCUCCCUUCUGGCGGGCGCUGGACACGAGGGAGAUGCAUUCUCCUUGGUGACGCCGCGCAUGCUAUGCCGCCGCAUGCGGGGCAGGGGGUUUCGAUGGCGUUGGAGGAUGCGUUUGCACUAUCGGGUCUGCUUGCCCGAGAGACAACGUUGGAAGGAGUGUGGGACAGGUAUGAAGCGGUGCGACGGCCGAGGGUUGAGGCGAUUGCGGGCAAAUCGGAGACCAAUCGCAAGGUGCGCAACAAGACUGGGCCGUGGGGGCUUUGGGUCAAGGAGAUGGGCAUUAUGGUUGGGAUGUGGGUGUAUUGGCUACUUGGGUUGGGGAGCUGGGGGUUCGGACAGGGGUAUAUUGUAUAUGAUAUUGAGAAGGAAAUUUAG